AUGGGACUUGAGCAACCGCAUUCGCAGGCCCAACCGUCUCCCACCGAAGAGAAUAAAGCGGCGAUUGCAGAUGACACUGUAUCAGCGUCUGAUACAACGACUGUGGGAGAAGAUGACGCAUCAACCGAGAAGAAAAGCCCCCUGUGGCGAUUAAUAGCCGUGACUAUCGCUCUAUGCGCGGCCAUGUUUUGCAUGUCCUUGGACGGAACAAUCCUCGCCACGGCAAUCCCCAAAAUCACCACCGAAUUCGGCUCCCUCGACGAUGUAGCCUGGUACGGCAGCUCCUAUCUCUUCACCACCUGCGCCGUGCAGUUGAUGUUUGGCAAGUUCUACACCUUCUACCCGGCCAAGUGGGUGUUCCUCAGCGGGCUUUUCAUCUUCGAACUGGGGUCUUUAAUCUGCGGUGUGGCGCCCACGUCGACGGCGUUGAUUGUCGGCCGCAGUGUCGCGGGAUUGGGAGCCGCGGGCAUCUUCUCGGGCGCGAUCAUCAUCAUAGCCAGUACAGUACCGCUGCGAAUCCGCCCCAUCUACACUGGGAUAUUGUCCAGCAUGCAUGGCGUGGCCUGUGUGGCUGGACCCAUCCUGGGAGGAGCGUUCACCGACCAUGUAACAUGGCGAUGGUGCUUCUACAUCAACCUUCCGUUCGGCGGCAUUACCGCGCUGUUCAUCUUCUUUUUCCUGCCGGCUACGGCAAUGCCUGUCAAGAAACUGGGCUGGCGGGAACAUGUCAAGCAGUUCGAUCUGCCCGGCACGUUUUUCCUGGUUCCGGCAGUCAUCUCUCUGCUGCUUGCCUUGCAAUGGGGUGGCUCUGCCUAUCCAUGGAGCAACGGUCGGGUUGUCGCAUUAUUCGUCGUGUUCGGCGCACUGUUCAGCGUGUUUCUUGGAAUCCAGAUGUGGCAGAAGGAUCGAGCCACCAUUCCAAUCCGCAUCAUGAAGAACCGAAACAUCUGGGGUGGGGUCUGGUAUGGAGUGUGCCUCGUAGCGGCGUUGUUCUUGUUCACUUACUAUUUGCCGAUAUGGUUCCAAGCCAUCAAAGGCAUGUCGGCCACGCAGUCCGGCAUUGAUAACCUCCCCACUUUGGUGGGAUUGGUCGUUUUCUCCAUUAUCGGGGGUGGCCUGGCCUCAGCUAUUGGGUACUACACCCCAUUGUUGAUUGUGUCGUCGGUGGUCACGUCGAUUGGCGCGGGGAUGCUGAGCACGCUGAAAGUGGACUCGACCAUCGGGUACUGGUUUGGCUACCAGGUCCUGCUAAGCGCGGGAGCCGGGUUGGGAGCCCAGAACGUGAUUCUGGUUGCUCAGGUGGCCGUGCCCCCGACGGAGAUGGCCAUGGCGACCUCAAUUCUCGCCUUCACUCAAACUUUGUCGAGUGCCGUCUUUCUGUCGGUCGGGCAGAGUGUGUUUCAGAAUCGGUUGAUCGCAAAUCUGCAAUCAAUUUCCCCAGACAUCGAUGCGCCUUUGGUGGUACAUAGCGGUGCGAUGGGGUUUCGGCAGCAUUUCUCAGCCGCUCAGUUACCCCUGGCCUUGCAUGCGUACAACCAGGCGCUUGUCCAGACUUUUUUCGUGGCGGUUGCGACCAGCGCUCUCUCGAUUGUUGGGCCAAUCUUCAUGGAAUGGUUGUCGUUGAAACCAGAAAAGAAAACCAAGGACAAGGAUGAGGAUGAGGAAAGCCAAGCCAGCGAGAUGCCCAGAAUUAGGACCGAGGCAACAAGUUCCGAUCGGUAA